CUACUGGCUUGAGGUGUGCUGACGUCACGGGGCCGGCACUUCUCGCUCAGUUUCGCUGAAGCUUCCGAGGUCGGUGAUAUUUGUUUUGGGCGGCCGGUUGGAAGGGAUCGGAUUGUUCUACUAGUCUUUAUUCUACGAUCUUUGGAUACCAUGAAUAGAAUCUUUGGGAAAUCAAAGGCAAAAGGCCCUCCGCCCAACCUGACGGACUGUAUCGGAAGUGUUGAUGGCAGAGCAGAGUCGAUUGACAAAAAAAUAGCACGGCUUGAUGCAGAACUGGUGAAGUACAAAGACCAGAUGAAGAAGAUGAGGGAAGGUCCAUCUAAGAAUAUGGUCAAGCAAAAAGCCUUGCGGGUUCUAAAACAGAAAAGGAUGUAUGAACAGCAAAGAGAUAACUUAAACCAGCAAUCCUUCAACAUGGAACAAGCCAAUUAUACCAUUCAGUCACUAAAAGAUACCAAAACAACGGUGGAAGCAAUGAAAAUAGGAGCCAAAGAAAUGAAAAAAGCAUACAAGCAAGUCAAAAUUGAUCAGAUCGAGGAUUUGCAGGAUCAGCUGGAAGAUAUGAUGGAGGAUGCAAAUGAAAUCCAAGAAGCUCUGAGCCGUAGUUAUGGAACACCAGAAAUUGAUGAGGAUGACCUUGAAGCAGAGCUUGAUGCACUGGGAGAUGAACUGCUGGCUGAUGAAGACUCGUCAUACUUAGAUGAAGCAGCAUCCUCCCCAGCUAUACCAGAGGGAGUUCCCAGUGAUUCGAAAAACAAGGAUGGUGUGCUGGUGGAUGAAUUUGGACUACCACAGAUCCCUGCUACAUAAAUAUAAACCUUGGUACAAACUGCUAAAGUCUACAAACUGUCUUUUCAUCUUUUUUUUUUUCCCCCCCAGCUUUACAUUUAUCUAACAAUGUUAUUUUGUGUAACCGAACAAAAAUCAGAAACUGGGAUUUCAUAUUUUACCCUGGCUCAAAUUACUGCACCUUGUCUUUCAUGGGAAGAAAUAUUCAAUGUUGCACUGUGAUUUACUGGAAAGAGAUCUUUGCUCUGCUACCCAUGAGUCCUGUAUAGCACUACAUAUUUGCCAUCACCAUGGAUUGAUCAAUCGCCAGAUAUGCCAGCCCUC